ACCUGCUUGCCUUUUCGUUUUGUUCCUGCCUUUCCUUGCUGCUGUCGACUCUCGCUCUCUCUUGCAACCUCCUUCCACAUCCACCAUUCCACAAUCCUCGUGGCCAAAGUGAUCCCUCACACGUGUCUGUUCGCGACUCUUGCUGAAUUGAUCAGAUACUGCCCCACACACUCUGCGAUUAUUGCCAUCCAUCACUCUGCUCCUUGGAAGGACUUGACCAGUGACAUCGCCUCUGCCUCGAUAUAGGCAAGACUUAUCAGAACCAAACACCCAAGACACUAAACACAAGCACCUCCAGCCAUGGAAACUUACUAUGGCCACGUGCGAACACCUGGAGAUGCCAUCCUCCUCUUCGAAGCAUGCCGCAUCGGCCUGCUGCCCAGAGUACAGCGCCGACUGUCCGAGAAGGAAAGACUGUCAAUCAAGUCAGGCUCAGUCUUCGUCUGGGAUGAGCGCGAGGCAGGUAUGAGACGUUGGACGGACGGAAAAUCAUGGAGCGCAAGUCGCGUUUCCGGCAGCUUCUUGACAUACCGUGAGAUGGAGGGCAAGCGCGGCGGCAGCACCUUCAGCGCCGCUCCCAAGGUUCCCGCAGCCAAAGAGCACGAUGCUUCCGACGACGGUCCUGACGGUUACCGCUACAAGCCUGAUGGUCUGAUCAAGCAGUCGUUCAGUAUCACCACGUCCAACGGCCAGCAUCUCCAUCUCAUUAGCUACUUCGCUCGCUCAACCGCCGUGUCGCAAAACCUUCAACAACCAUCAAGCGACCCGCAACUGCGUCACAUCCGACCUGAGAAGGGCAUGUACCCCGAGUCGACUGUGCACGAACAGAACGCCAUCCCUGCUGUCACUCGCGGCCCCAUGACCAGCCCUGCCUUCGCCAAUUCUCCUCACCAGUCUGCAAACAUUGGCGCUCCUUACCCUCCGAGACCUCAAUACACUCACGGCCCCAUGUCAUACGCCUCGCAUGGAUGGGCUCCUCCCAGCCCAAUGCACACUCCUCCACCGCACUACUCGCCUUAUGGCUACCACCACUCGCCCAUGCAGCACCUCCACCCUUCGCAAUAUCCUCCUCAACCCGCUCAGCACUACCCUCCCCAGCUCACUGCCUUCGAUCGCGUUCCGGCUCCGCUCUCCAACAAUUCAUUGCCUGCUCCACCGUCUCACCCUCACCACCACCACCCCCACCACCCGCAGCUCACUCCCAUCCACAACCACCCUCCGCCGUCACUUCCGCAGAUCAACCACAGCCACCGCCCAUCCUUGCAAGAGCUCUCGUCACGCCCUCCAAGCCACGGUCACCCCUCGAUCGACCCCGCUCUGGCCAACGACAGAAAGACUGCUCCUCCUCCGCUCCCGAGCCCGAGAUCCAUGGACACUGCCCCCGGCGCUCAAACAGAAGGCACCAAGCUUCCUCCUGCCACUCUGCCCCCUGUCAGCGGCGGUACCACUAUUCCCAGUAUCAGCUCUUUGAUCCACGAGACAAGCAAUCCCUCAGCCCUCAACGCAGGCCGUCCCGCAAGCCGCAGCCCUAUUGGUGGUCGUCCUCAAGACAUCCCCAUGCACAAGAUGGGCUACGAUGCUCAACGCGAUGUCCAGGCACUCAGACACUUGGAUAAGGCCACCCUGAGAUUCUGAGCAACCACUGCUGCUGCACCAAAUUCUUUCCGAUUCUGUGUUUACUAGCAAAGCGAAUGGGGGCAUGUCAUGGCACUUUGCCUUUGGGAUGGCGUUUUCUAAUGAGGGCUUCCGCACGUCGCGACGAAUUGCAUGAAGGUAUUUGGAGUUUUGUUGCUCUGGAGAGUACUGGAGUUUGGCGGUCGGGUGACUGCUUGCUUGCUUGUUUCGUAUUCUGUUGAUUCUCUGUACCAAAUCAGUGUUCUCUUAUGGCUGUCUACUACUGUAAUAGCUCUGAAUGAAGAAAGACUAUCUUAUAUUAUUCAUCAUUACC